GAACAUGGAACAGAAGAUACAGAUUUGGUGCACAGUUUCUUGGACUGCUGUGUGCAGUACUGCUAACAGCUAUUAUAAUUCUGUUUUUUGAGAACAAACGUUUGCAAAACAGUCAAAAAGACCUGACAGAACAGAAAACUGAAUAUCUUCAUCAUGCUAAUGAGCAUCAAGUCAGGUAUAAAAAUCUUAGCUUGGAAAAAGAGCAGUUUCAGGUUAGACACAACAGCAUGGUGGAGGAGAACGAUCUCUUUCGGUCCAUAACUGCUAACUUAACCAAAGAGAAAAUUCAGCUGCAAACACUUAAUAGUAAUCUAGUUAAAGAGAAAGACGGGUUUCAGAUACUAAGUAACAAACUGGUCAGAGAAAUCAAUCAAUCAGAAACUAGAUAUAAGGCCAUGGCGGUUCAGAGAGAUAAAAUACAAAACUGGUACAACAAUAUGACAGAUGAAAAAAAUCGGUUACAGAUACUUAACAGUAACCUUGUUGAGCAGAGUGAUCUUUUACAGGCAAGAACUGUGAACCUAACCAAAGAGAAAAUUCAGCUGCAAACACUUAAUAGUAAUCUAGUUAAAGAGAAAGACAGGUUUCAGAUACUAAGUAAUAAACUGGUCAGAGAAAUCAAUCAAUCAGAAACUAGAUAUAAGGCCAUGGCUGAUCAGAGAGAUAAAAUACAAAACUGGUACAACAAUAUGACGGAUGAAAAAAAUCAGUUACAGAUACUUAACAGUAACCUUGUUGAAGAGAGACGUAAAUUGCAGUCCCAAAAUGAUAAUCUGUCCAAAGAGAGAAACCAGAUACAGUUGGAGAUGGGUGGACUUCAGAAAGCACUCUCUAAUUUUGGGUGGAAAUACUUCAAAUCCAGUUUAUACUCCAUCUCUACUGUGAAGAUGAACUGGACUGCUGGCAGACUGCAUUGCAAUAAGAGUGGAGCAGAUCUGGUUGUCAUAAACAGCAAAGAGGAAAUGAUUUUUGUUCAUAGCUUGAUCAGUGAUUUGGGAGCUUGGCUUGGCCUGACUGAUGCAGAGAAUGAAGGGGUCUGGAAAUGGGUGGAUGGCAAAGAUCUGACCACAAGUUACUGGGUAAGGGGGCAGCCUGAUAAUGGUGGUAUACAUGGAAAUAAUGACUGUGGUGUUCUUGAUUUUAAAGCACCUGCACUGCAGAGCUGGCAUGAUGGUCUAUGCCAUUAUUUCUCUUUUGUGAUAUGUGAAAAAAGUGUGUAAUACAUUCAGUAAAGUUAUUAUAAAUAUUUUCAUUUUGUUAUUCAAUUGCAAUGACUUUUAUACAUGUGGUUAAUAUUUUAACACUUUUGGGGAUUCCUGUAUGUAUUACAACAAUAACUAACUGCCAUUAACUAAUUCUUGAAUGAGUAACAACAGCUUAAUAACUGAACAACCAUGAAACCUGCUAUAUUUGUUUGCAAUUGUAUAUUUGUAUUUCUAUUUUUGUAUUAAAUUAAAACUAAUCAUGACUUCUAUUUACAUUUUAUUCCAUAGUUUACAUGAGUGUGUGUGUGUGUGUGUGUGUGUGUGUGUGUGUGUGUGUGUGUGUGUGUGUGUGUGUGUGUGUGUGUGUGUGUGUGUGUGUGUGUGUGUGUGUG